AAGUGGCCAGAUCAGAUGUUGCUGUGACUGUAAGAGCAGCAUCUUUUUUUGGAGAGAUUUCCCAACCAAUCUGAGCCUGACAUGAUUAAAAUCUGGUUACAUUUUUGGAUUUGGUGAUUUUUUUUCCCACGAAUUUAUAAAAUUACGCAUCAAAAAGCAGAUUUGUGCGUAAAUUCCGCUCCAAGUGGCCAAAUCAGGUUUCUGUGACUGUAAGAGCAAAAGAAGAACCCUAAACCUGCAUCUUUUUGGAAGGUUUUCCAACCAAUCUGUGCUUGACAUGAAUGAAACAUGCAAUCACUGGUUAAUUUUUUUUGGGAUGUCGGGAUGAUUUUCUUUAUGCAUUUACGAAAUUACGCGUAAAAUUCCUCUCCGAAUGUCCAAAUCAGAUGUUGCUGACUGUAGCAGAAGAAGAAUCCUAAUCCUGCAUCUUUUGGGGAAGGGUUUCAAACCACUCUGUGCUUGACAUGAUUAAAAACCUGCAAUCACUGGUUACAUUUUUGGAUUUCAGGGUGGUUUUAUUUUACGCAUGUAUGAAAUUACGCAUUUGUGCAUAAAUUGCUUUCCAAAUGGCCAAAUCAGAUGUUGCUGUGACUGUAAGAGCAGAAAAAUCUUAACCCUGCAUCUUUCUGAGACGUUUUCCAACCAUUCUGUGCCUCACAUGAUUAAAACCUGCAAUUUUUGGCUGCAUUUUUGGAUUUCAGGGGGAUUUUUAAAAUAGAAUUUACGAGUUUUCGAACAAAAUAUGAACAGAGCUGCGUUUUUAACAGCUUGCCGUCUCUGCUGCUGCUGAUGUGGUCACGAGUCUAAUAGGUGAAACCGUCGACAGCAACUCCAGAGGCGCGCAGUGCCUAGUGUCAGCCCAUAGAGGACACACCUACCCCGCUAAUCAUCCACGUCUCCGGAGCGCAGCCACAGUUACGGAGAGACCGACAGAGGAGGAGGACGCGUUCUGACAGAGAGCUGACCUGCUUUAGUGCGCAGCGAAACAGGAGUAAAGAGGGAAAAAGAAGCAGCAGAAAGAAAGAAGAGAAACCGACAGCGCGGACAAAGUUUUGCGCCGCGAUUCUCUUUCCUUCCAGAGCGUCACCGCGGCUCGAGUGUCACGUCGAGGAGCCUCUCAGAUGGACAGACUCUUGGAGAGCUCCGCGGGCAUGGGAUUAUUUUGUAAUGUGGAUUUGUAUCCCCUUGCAGGAGAAUCGAGGUCCGCUGCGGAACGAUGUGAGAGCGUCUGGGAUUCUCGUGUUUCUGGAUAUCUUGAAGAUUAUUGGCAACAGUUGAGAGAAAUCCAAGUUUGCGGAUUUUACGCUGCAGCCUUCCUUCCUCUCGGGACCAGCAUGGAUUUGCCUUUACGACCUCCGGCCCCUAAUUCUGAGCAGUUGUAGCCACUUGUGCUGUUUUUAUUUUUCUUUCUUUUCGUGUGUUUUUUUUGUUUUGUUUUUGUUUUUUCUUGUGAAACUUCAUGUUUGAGAGCAAACGGCCACAUUUGGCCUCCAGUCUUCUGAAGCGUUCGGAUUGGAUUUCCAACACCAUGAACUUUAUUGACAGUUUGACACUAUUAUUUUUGACGCUGUCAGCUGUCAAGAGCGCCCACAUACCCAAGGAGACGGAGAGAGGUCCACAUGACGUGAUCCCUCUGAUGGAGGUCUACAACAAGAGCUUGUGUCAGCCCCGGGAGCUGCUGGUGGAGAUCCUGCAGGAGUAUCCGGAGGAGGUGGAGCACAUCUUCAUCCCGUCCUGCGUGGUUUUAACGCGCUGCGCCGGCUGCUGCAACGACGAGAUGCUGCAGUGUAUGCCCACGUCCAGCUACAACGUCACCAUGGAGAUUAAAAGAAUAAAACCCCAGAGGCAGCAGAAUGACAUUUUCAUGAGUUUUACAGAACACAGCGCAUGUGAGUGUAGGUUAAAGAAAGAAGUGAAAGAACAGAAAGAAAAAAAAUCCCGGAAAGGCAAGGGCAAAGGCCUAAAGAGAAAGCGAAAGAAAAACCGCGACAAAACAAUUCCCGACGCUGUUUGCGAGCCGUGUUGCGAUCACUGCACGGAGAGGAGAAAGCGUUUGUUUGUGCAGGACCCAGCGACCUGCCGGUGCUCCUGCAAACACACCGACGAAUACUGUAAAGAGCGCCAACUGGAGCUCAACGAGAGGACCUGCAAAUGUGACAAGCCAAGAAGAUGAGAGAGGUGCUCGCACCAGAUGUACAAGAUGAAGGAAUAUUCUCGAGAUAUUUCACAGCACAGCACUUUGAACCGCGAGCUCUUCUUCUUUUCUGUGGAAAGCAUUCCCCUCGGACUGACAGAGAGAGAACAAAGAGAAAAAGAACCAGACUGAAGUUUCCUCCCACUGUAUAUCUGUGUGUACAUAGACCACGACUAAAGAGAAAAUAAGAGUUGUUAUUGCUGCUACAGAAACGAGUAACUAAAACCCACCAUUCGACUAAAAGCGAAAUAGCCGCCAUGUUGGUUUCUCUUUUUUGUUUUUUGCAUUUCUAACCGGCUUGCCAUGCAGGUGUAGUCUUGUUGUCGAUUCAUUGUAUGCAAUUACUUCACUGGAUCUGAGUCUACUGUGGUUGUGUGUCAAUAUUUAAACUGAUAAAACCGGACUGAAGAGGACGCGCUCUGCUUCACCCACUUCCUCUCGGAGUAGAACUAAAAAACUGAAAAGUCGGGACGGCCGACGGAAACUUCCCUCCGAGGAUGAGGACUCUGAGGAGACUCCGGAGUGCCAUAUUGCUUUUUUUUUUCUUCUUUCUAAAGGGAUUAUAAUUAUUACAGCGGUGGAAAAAAAGUUUUCAGACACCCUUAAAUUUUGACACAAUAUCAAAUAUUAUCGUGGAAUAAUCUUUCUUUGUGUUUCAAAAGGUGCAUUAUAGACAAACAAACAAAUACAAAUUAGAUUUUUUUUUGUUUAUUGUUUACAAGAAAACUAAAUUCUUGGCAGUUUCGAUGUCAGUUCUCAACAUUGUUGGUAUCAAAGUCAACGAAUAACAGAGAAUGUGUUCAAAAUUGAACAAAAAUAAGUACAAGUGGUCCUUGGCUUAUGUUGCAGUUCCAUUCCUAUGGAUCGGAACUCCAGCGAAAAUGUAAACAAAGUCGUUACGUGCAUCACGAUAUCGAUCAGUUCUUUGGAAAAGUCACCUUUCGAGCGUUUUAUUCUGUCUAAUUUCAGUUCCAUGGAGACGGCUUCCCUUUUCUUCAAAGCAUCAGAAGAGUCUGACUUACGCUUAGAAGCCAUAAUGAAGGGCAGAAAGUUAGUGAAUGUAGCACAAUCCAAGGUGGAGUACAACCAGAGAAUGGAAACAAAGCCGUCAUUGACGAUGUAUUCAUCCGCUCUUCUCGCCAACUAGUUCCACAUAACCAGUUCCCACGUAACGAAACGCCAUAGGUUGAGGUCGUUCUAAACCAAGGACUCUGUAAACCAUCACAUCAUCAAAUUAAUAUUCACAGAGGGUCCUGGACUUAACGUCAGAGUUCCUUUCCUACGGCCCGAUGUAAGUACAUUUUCACCACAAGUCGGAACUCCAGCCGUCACGAUAUCGAUCAGUUCUUCAGAAAAGUCUUGAAUACCAACGACUUUCAUGCAUGUGUGAAUCAUUUUACAAGAAGAUAACAGAACAUAAUAUUAUUACAACAAUAACAGAAUCACGCUUGGGAGCUGUAAUGAAGGGCGAAAAGUUAGUGAAUGUAGCACAAUCCAAGGUGGAGUACAACCAGAGAAUGUUAACAAAAUCGUCUUAUAGCGCCGCAUGACAAUGUAUCGAUCACCAGUUAGUUCCAUGUAACGAUGACACGCCGCAGGUCGUAAACCAAGGAUCCCAUGUAAACCAUAGCAUCGGUAAAUUAGUAUUUAGUAGUCCAGCAUUAGCAGGAGUUGAGCUCUAAUCCUGGCUGGCAUGUUCUCUACCAGCCUUUCACACUGUUGAGGGGAGAUCUUGUCCCAUUCUUCUUGAAUUGCUUGAAUUUCUUUGGUUUACGCUUUGAAACAGCCCUUAUGAUAAUCCACCACUGGUUUUCAAUGGGGCUUAUGUCCUGGGAUUGAUCUGGCCACUCUAAGACCUGGAUACUCAGCUCCUGCAGCCGAGUUCCAUUGGUUCUCGAUGUGUUCAAGGAGCAUUAUCUGGUUGAAACAUCCAGUUUGACCUCGACAGAACAAUAGAAGGGAUCAUGUGGGUUUGGAGAAUGGCACAAUACUUAGCAGAGUUCAAUGAGAUGACCAAUGCCAGCAGCACUCAUGCAUCCCCAGUCCUUGAUAGUGCCUCCACCAUGCUUGACAGUAGAUACUGUCCAUGCUGGAGAUGAUGCUUCUACUGGCCUCACUGUCAGAAAUAAUUCAGAAAUGGUCCAAAAAUAACUUGAAACCUGUCCAGAUUUAAUAAAAAAUGCCAUAAAACGCCUAAAAGGGCUCAAAGGACUCCGAAUUGGUCCAAAAUAACUUGAAACUGGUCCAGAUAACUUUAAACCUGUUCAGAACAACAAAAAUGUCUGAAAGGAUUUCCUUCCUGGCUGAUAAUCUGUAUCUUCAGGCAUUAGGUUGCUUGUUUUAGAACAUUUUCGUCUCCAAAGAACCUUCAAAUGUACUGGCUUUAUAUCGACACAAAGCAACAAAAACUGUGUCUUUUACGAAAAAGCGUGACCUUCGUUAGUGGGUAACUGGUACCAAAAUGACCCAAUACUCCAAAUUUCCAAUCAAUUUUAAGUUUUUAUUGGCUUUUUUAGGAUUUGUUUGGUAUUUUGGCUAAAAGAAGUUGCACUUGAAGACCUAAGAGUGAUUCUUAAAUGGUGUCUGAAGACUUUUUUCCCCACUGCUGUACUAUCUGCUACAUGGAAACCACUGAAAAAUAUCCUGUAUACUGUAGUUCUUGAUUCCAUUUUGAAAAAAACUGUGCCUCAACGAGAAAUGUACUGAGAGCAGUGCUUUUAAAUUAUUACUUUCAGGAGAGGGUUGGCUGUAGUUUUGCUAGCUGUCGUCGAACUCAAUACAGAAUCCACUGAUUAUAUCUUCUUGUACAUACUUAAUAGUAUCCCUUUUACGCCAUCCUAGAUAAUUUAUAAUUGUUCUAGAGUAUUUUUCAGUAUUCUACCCAUAUUUAAUUUGAUCUAUUUAUGUAUGCAGUGUUAUGUACCUGUGGCUGUCCUUUCUCCUCAUGUUUAAGGUCACUGAUGGCUACUUUCAGCGCAGAAAGAAACAGAAAAACGACAAAAAAAAAAAGAGAUCUAAAGCUGAUUUGUUAACAUUCCCUGACGGCAUCUCCCUCUCGUCUAAAGGUCGUGGGUGCUGUGUGGACUUUCAAUGAGUGUUUGUUGUUUGUAUGAAUGUGUGCGUUUCACCUGCAUUGUUGUAUUUAAGUAUUUAAGUGAGUAGCGGACCCUGUGUUGUCGUCCGUUUGUACAAAAGAUUGCAAAAAAAUAAACUACAAAACGUCACCGCCGCCGUCGCAGCAGCAGCAGCGCCGCCAUUCUAAAUCUGAUCCUCUCCGCCAUCAGUCUUAGAGCCAUUAUUAUUAUAUUAUUAUAUUAUUAUUAUUAGUUCUAUUUGUCUCUUCUUCUCUAUUAACAUGUUUUCUGUGUCUAUGUAAAAAACAGUAAAGCAUAUUUAUUUUCAAAUCAUAUUGUUUUUAUAUAAAACAAGAAAAAGGUU